UCACUAUGCUCACGAAAACCCCACUUUGCAGAAUGCUUCUGCCAGGUCCUACUGUCUGUCUCUUUCCAGGCAUUUAGUACCUCCAAGAUUCAGGUUUGCUUUUACAUCUUUUCCUUGUGCAUCCCUGACAACAGAGCCUAUUGCCAGCUGUCCUAAUUGAAGAGCAGUAAUCCACCUCUUCUUGUUAUUGCCAUGAGGAAUACGUACACUCUCUUUCUCUUUGUAGCGAGCUCCUUUUAUUUUAACGGAAGCACUGCAGCAGAUGCUGAAGAAAAGCUAAUGAACCACCUAUUGAGUCCUGACAGGUACAACAAGUUAAUUCGACCAGCUGUCAACUCAUCCCAGUUGGUAUCUAUAGAACUGCAGGUUUCCCUGGCACAGCUCAUCAGCGUGAAUGAGCGGGAGCAGAUCAUGACCACAAACGUCUGGCUGAACCAGGAGUGGAUUGAUUAUCGUUUGGCUUGGAAGCCCUCUGACUAUGAAGGAAUAAAUAAGCUGAGAAUACCUGCAAAACACAUCUGGUUGCCAGACAUUGUGCUUUACAAUAAUGCGGAUGGCACAUAUGAAGUUUCACUAUACACAAAUGCAAUUGUAAUGAAUAAUGGAAGCAUUCGCUGGUUGCCACCAGCCAUUUACAAGAGUGCCUGCAAGAUUGAAGUUAAGCAUUUCCCAUUUGAUCAACAAAACUGCACAUUAAAGUUCCGUUCUUGGACAUAUGAUCAUACAGAAAUUGAUAUGGUGCUUAAAACUUCCACGGCAAGCAUGGAUGACUUCACACCAAGUGGUGAGUGGGACAUUGUAGCACUCCCAGGAAGAAGGACUGUAAAUCCCUUGGACCCCAAUUAUGUCGAUGUGACAUAUGACUUCAUUAUUAAAAGGAAGCCUCUUUUUUAUACCAUCAAUCUUAUAAUUCCCUGUGUGCUAAUUACAUCCUUAGCCAUCCUGGUGUUCUACUUGCCUUCAGACUGUGGUGAAAAAAUGACCUUAUGCAUAUCUGUAUUGCUUGCCUUGACUGUGUUCUUGCUGCUGAUCUCCAAAAUUGUCCCUCCAACAUCUUUAGAUGUUCCACUGAUUGGGAAAUAUCUCAUGUUUACAAUGGUACUAGUGACCUUCUCCAUAGUUACCAGUGUCUGUGUACUCAACGUCCACCACAGAUCUCCAAGUACUCACACUAUGCCCCCUUGGGUAAAGCUGGUUUUCCUUGAAAGACUCCCAGCCUACCUGUUCAUGAGGCGUCCAGAGAAUAACUCUCCACGGCAAAAGCUGUGCAACUGCAAAAAGACAAAAGCAGAGAAUCCUUGUAUGGAGCCAGCCAACUUCUACAAGAACUCUACCUAUUUCUUGAAUACAGCCCCUGCCAAAAAAUAUGAUAUGAAAAUCACUGAGACUCUUGACAAUGUCAGCAGUCAUCGAGAUUUUAGAUUAAGAACAGGCACAAAAUUUUCUCCUGAAGUCCAGGAAGCAAUUGAUGGAGUCAGUUUUAUAGCAGAGCACAUGAAAAGUGAUGACAACGACCAGAGUGUCAUUGAAGAUUGGAAGUAUGUUGCCAUGGUAGUGGACAGGCUGUUUCUCUGGAUAUUUGUCCUUGUUUGUGUCCUGGGGACUGUUGGAUUAUUUCUGCAGCCACUUUUUCAAAACCACACUGCUGCAAUGAACCCUUAGUCGUCAUUUAAAAUUGCCAAGACUUACAUAGAUGUUUGGUCUCAUUCUGCUCUCAGUUUCCCUCUGUUAAAUUCAGAGAUGCCAAAUGAGUUGCUCUUACAUGCAAUUUAGAUAGGGAAAUGGAAAGAAGAACUCAACAACUUAUGAUUGGAGAAAAACCCCAAAACAAACAGAGAACUAUUAUUUUUUCCAAUUAGUUCAGUACUUCUGGUGAUAUCUUGGCCCUUUUUUCAAUUAUUUAAAGCCUGAAGAUUACAGAGAAAGGCUUUUACUGGACAAUAUGACAUCCUGGCUCACAAGCAUUAUUAAAAAAGUAUUUUACAUAUGUUGCCACAGGAAGGACAUUUUCUUUCCUUAGAAUACUCCCUAUUGCAAAGAAGGUAUUGCUAUGACAUUUAUUUCCUUCAAAUGCAUCAAAACUGUGUCUGAUUUAUAAAGAGCCUUACAGCUGGAAUCACUGUUUAGCUGUUUAUGAUAUUUAAAAUUUAAUUGAGAAACAGAGACAUACUUCUGAGGUAACCACUAACAAGUUUCUCACCUUGCCAUCUCUGAUAGCUGAGUGAUCAACAGAGGCCAAAUUAAUAUAUGAUAAACAAACAUGUGUAUACUCUGUUCAAUCAUGAAAUAUAAAUAAAAUGUAA